AUGCCUCCUGUACGGGUCACUGGCGCGAGACACAACUAUCUUGCCUUGCCUCAAUUGAAGCAUGACGCUCGCAAAAGCCCACCAGCGAGCUACGGCUUAGCUGGAGAGGCCGCACGCAUUUACUGCGCGAAACUUAUUAUGGCGUAUUGCUGCAAUCGAAACUGCGCACCCAUGCAUGCUUCAGUCGGGCACUGUCAGCCAGUGAAGGCCGCCACAUAUUCAUGGACCCUCAAUGGAAUCAAGUUCAGCAUUGAGACAAGCGAGCCUCUCGCAAAGAGGCCGCCUCGCAUGCACGCGACGUCCGCUUCUGCUUGCUUUAAAGCUAUGCGCUAUAUUCUCGACUUUCCCAGCCUAGUUCCAAAGACUGAUCUCCAAAUCGUCAAGGCCUUUACAUUCCAGAAUGGAUCACACAAGUCGAUUCAAGAUUCGGGAAAUCACGACUUAUUCCCACGAAGCAAAUCAACACCUGGUCAGCAUUCGCAGGCAAGAACCCCAAUGGGCAGCGUUAGACAUGAUGGUCCACCACCCGCUGCCGCAUUUCGUCUUGUACCAUCAGCCCAAGGUCCUUCUCAGUUCGAGAUUCCCUUGCAGGUCACAUUGACGCUGCAGACCAUCACUGGCACCUAUUUUAUGACCGCCGAAGGCGAAUACAGCGAUUUUAAGCUGCAAACUCUCCCCUUCCACGUGUCUCAACAGGACCUGGACUCGCAGAAAAGGGUUGCGCAAUUCUUUCUCCAGCGCACAGUAGAUUCGCCUUUCAGAAUCAGUAUUGGGCGGUGGCGUCUUUACAGAUAUCAGGACUCUGGUUGGAUUGAAGUCGCCGACUGCGAAUCUCCUGCUUUCGAUGCUUACUUUUUCCUCGGAGGCGCAGCCUUAACUAUAUUGAAUGCCUACAUGCGAUCAGACCUUCACAUCCUCGAACUGGUGAACAGAACUAUUCCUUACUACCACCAUAUCAAUGGCAGAGCUUGGUAUCAAGUUGAGCAGACUGUCCUGGAAAACAUUAUGCAAAGACUGUGGGGAAUGAGCUCCGAUUUGAUCAAAUACGAUACAAUUCGUGGAGCGAGUUCUUAUCUGGAUGUCGCGUUCGAUUCUAAAUUUAUGUUCAAACUUGGCGAAUUUCUCGCGAAGUUGGCGAACCGACUGAAUUGCUUCGAUCUGGCUUCGCUGAUAUACGUUGCGCUCAAAUCCCUUGGCACCCGACCAGGCGCGCGCAAUAAUGAUGAUGAUCAUGCUAAUCGCCUUCCGCAGGUAUUCGACGUUGGAGUAUUUAAAGUGCAAGGAUGGGGCCAAGUUCGAUCGGGUGCGCUCUUCGGCUAUGGCAGCUCUUUCGAGUCGCCAAGCAACAAUCCCUUCUACAAUAAUGAUCAAUUUGAAGGGAUCCCUCAGCCUUGGCUUAUGCCGUCGAAUGAUCCAAAUCGCGGAGGUUUCAGUCAGCACUGCUUCACAGUCUUGAACUAUUCUUCCAGGCCCAAAGUCCUUGAUAUCUGCCACAUUCCUCAACAACUGGGCACGAAACUGAUAGCAGCACAUGAUGGCAGUCUCACACUGCCGAGAGGAUGGCCUUUAGAUCUACAGACGUACCUUGAUUCGAGAGAUGAAGGCGCGCCCAGGAAGACGAGGAAUGAUUUGGAAGGUAAGCCUUACUUUCCAUUGCAUGCUCUGUUUACAUUCAUGUCAACUUUUAUCCUGGGAUAUGGAUCGAGCCCGACCGGAUAUAUGCCGAUUGAGCAUAUGGGUUGUCAUUGGGUGGUAGGGUACGAAUGUGAAGACAUCGACUUUCGAUAUCGCGACCUCACUCACGAUCGCAGCAUUUGCUCUCUGGCAUGGCGCUCUUUCCUUCUGGCUGAUUUAGUACUAGAGACCUCAGUUGCUCACUCUCAUCUCUUAUCUCUCAGCUCAACUGGAUCUAGAUGUAACUGUACGUCUAAGCGGCCUGCCCACGGAGGGCUUGAACAACUCGGCCCACUUCACUUUAGACCCUAUCUCGAACUCAUCUCACGCCCAGGAUAUUGCAACUUCACCCAGGAGACCCUAGCACUAUUCUCGACCUGCGAAAAGCGGUCAAAGACUCAAAAACUGGUGGGCCAUCGAGCAGUCUCACCUGAAUCCUUUUCGUGGAAGACCAUCUCACGUACUGGCUUCGGGUUCUCUCUCAGCACCCCAGCAAUAUCCGCUGUCCCAGAGAAACCGUUUCAAUGCUUCAAUCAUCGUCUGUUCCCAUUCCGGCAACAUUUGCAUGGAACGGCCAACAUCGAUAGCGAGGGAGGGUGUAUAGCGUGGUGUACUGAAGAACGUCCGCCUGCUCCUCAUGGACGUGUGGUGGGCAACACUCAAGUCCGGGCAAUACAUCAAGCUCAUUUCCUGAACCUCAUCUUGGUUCUUUUUCUGGACGCGAGAGCAGCUAAUACAUACAUACGCUCAGAGUUACAAAAUUUGCUCUCUCAGGAAGAAUCGAGCGGUACCACGUAUGUUGCUCUCAGGAAAGUACCCUACGCAUGCGUGCACGCAGAUUCGCUGAUAAGAUCUCAAUACGAUUCCUCUGAUGGAAGUCGCGAACGAGCAAACGGGGACCUCAUCCAUCUGAAACUAGGCCAUCUCGGUGGACGGUCAUAUUACAUCUCAUCCUAUCUCCAACUUCAGCUCCACACUUCUAGUAUUCAGCAAGGAAGCAUGUACCUGGAUUCGCACCUACCUCAUGUAACUCAAUUCAGCCUCAAAGUCGCAGCUCUCACCUGA